UUGUCAGUUUACUACCCUAACCUUGCGAUAAACCAGGCAACAGAACAGUCAAGUACUGCUUCGGACGGAGACAGUAAUCAUGGCGUAGACGCUGGCUUGGGAAUCAAAUUUGAAUGGAAGAAAUGUGUUAAAACUCAAGUUGAAGAUAAUCCAUGGUGGAAGGUGGAUCUGGGAGGAAUCUACCAAAUUGAAGCUGCAACUAUCACCAACAUAUAUGAGAGUUGUUGUAAUGAUAAGCUACAACAAGUUGAUUUAACAGUUGGUAGGUUGUAAAACUCACUGAAUAGAGAAUUUUUUAUGGAAGUUUAAGGUGCAAACAUUUGCAUUAUAUCUUAAUUUUGUUGGAAUAGUCUCACAAAUAUACUGUAACCACACCAACUCCCUAUGAUAACUUCCACAACAUCCUAAGAUUUAGCACGCUCAGUUAUUAUGGAAUAGGACAAAAUGAAACUCUAAGGUGUGGCAAUGUUUUACAUUCCUACCUGGAUUCCUGGAAUAAAUUAAGAAACAUGGCAAUCUGUAUUUGUUCAACAAGCUUCACCUCAAUUACAGUUCUUUCUUUGCUACUGGGUGAUUUUUGGCCAGUUUUGGCAAGAGCAGUUUGAGAGGAGCAUUGAAAACAAUCGGGUGAGCCAGAGAAAGUGGGAGGGAAUGCUGCUCUAAAAUUGAGGUCCACUACAUGGCUCAGUGAUUUUUGUACCAGAGGAAAACCUGCAUGUGUUCUGCAAAGUAACAAGUUAACAACGACGAAUAAGAGAAAAUAUCAAUAAAAUUUGUAUGUCUCUGAGGCAUAGGAGUUCCUAUAGCUAAGGUUGACAGUUUUCAACCGAGCUUGAAAAUACAGUCUGCUGUAGUCUUUGACUGUAAUAGUUACUAAACUAAUGAUGCUGAGACAUGGCUAGAAUUUUUUUGUUAGACUAUACACUGGCCAGAUCAAAGAUCAGGAUACAACCUAUCUUCUAUUGAGACUUGGUUUAACAGUUGUCUCACUUUUGUUUUACUGCUUCCUUUUGAUACAGAAACAUUCCAUAAAUAGUUAUAGAGUUUCCACUUUUCUGAGUUAACCCAACUCUUGGUCAGUAAAGCUGCUAUGUAGAAAUAAGAGGCUAGCAGUGCCAUAAUGGUUUAUAUGCUGACCUUAAUGGCUGAAAAGCACUCUUGUCAGGUCACCGUGUAGUUUUCUGAGGCAGGGUCCUUAAUUCUCACAGUACCUCUCUUAGUAUAGGAGUGUAAAGAGGUUUUGAUGAACUGCAAGGGAUCAAAUCUGUGAAAGUAGAAAUAUUUCUGGUUGCUUUGUGCUACAUGGGGAGAUAAGCUCUGGUAAAAUGGGCCCGCAGCUGGCCUAGAGACUGAGUUUUUAUAAAUCAUCACAAACCUUAAUUGUUUACAAAUCUCUUUUUACUCUCACAGCCUUCCACGAGGAUGAUCCCAUUGAUGCACAACAAGUUUGCCACCAAAAUUUAACCUAUCUGUCUAGGGGACGAGUAACAGUCCGCUGUAACCAACAGCCCUUUGGUAGAUAUUUCUUUGUCUCCAUUCCCAAGACUCAGUGGGAAAUGUCUUUCUGUGAAGUUGAAGUUUAUCCAAGUAAGUUCAAUAGCAUGUAUCCAGUUUCCUUUUGUAAAAUAUCCUAUUCCUCCCUAUACUUGUGUAGUGUUAUAUCAAUAAUGAAGGUUAAAAAAAUGUUGAUUUGGUUAUAUUGCUGCAACAAUGACAUUCUUGUAAAAUUUUACAUUAAUUCAAAACACUGAAGAGAUCUACUGUUUCAUCAGUAACUGUUAGAUAAUGGAAAUUUUCUGUUAUAAAAACUGAUUUCAGUGUCUGAAUUUGGGAAGUACAUUUAAUAAUUUUGAAUAGACUCAUUUUUAAGAUGUAAACAACUUAUGGCCUCAUAGAAACAUCUUACAUACGACAAUUCAUAACAUAACAAAGGAAGUUACAACUUAACAACCUAACCUCACUAACAGGUCAAAAGAGCACGAAAGAAGUGUAGGGAGAAACACGAGAUGUAGUCAAGUGUUUCUUCCCACUUCUUGAGUGCUCUAGCUGCUUCCAAAGUGCUUUAUAACAGAGCAGAGCACAGUCAAGGCUUCUCUAUUUGUUUUAUUAUAAAGAAUCCAUUAAAUUACCCAAGCAUUACUUUCAAUUUUCAAAACAAACUUUAUUUCCAAAGCGAACAACAAUGUCAUCAGCAUGCUCUAUACUCUCACAAAGCACGCUACAAUAAGCCAAUCAGAAUCCUUGUUAGAAUGGUUCAAAUAAUCUGAUCGGCUGUACAAGACUAAAGCUGUCAAAAGUGUCAAACCAUCAAAGUUCACAUUCAACGAUAGUUUACAAACUAAAAUAGUUCUGCAAGUUGAAUUUAACUCUUUUGCCUGAAGUCUUUUUUGAAUGAACGACAGCCGAAUUCACCGCACCAUGAAGAUCGCUCGUGAUGACAGUGUCACAAAACUCGGCUGCAGUGACUGAUGUGAAUUGCCACUCAACGUAUCGGGAAGGAUAUCAAAGCAAGCUCUUAUUUUUUCACUCAAAGGGCGGCCAAUGUAGUUUCUGAGGCUUGCUUUACUGUGAUGACCAGAGAUUACCAUGAUGAGCGAGCAGCGAUGAACUUCAGCAUGAUCAUAUUCACUCAGACACUGUCAUGAUUUGUAUGAAUUUUAACAAUUAUGCCAGUUUGGUUAUAUUUUUCAUCAUUUCUGUUUUGUUCUGUUUUUUUUUUUUUGGAACACUGAAUUUUAUAUACUAUAUGAGUGUUAGCAGCGUUUGAUUUUUAUUACUGUAUGUAAGCUUGCAAUCUAACUGAGGGUGAAAAUUUUUAAAACACGAAAUGUUUAUUUUGUUUUUCCUUUGAGGAUUUUUGUAUCUGCUCACGUUUUCAUAACAUAAAUUAUGGCGCCUGGUAUGUUUACAAACCUUUGUUUGAUUCUUCUGUUGCUACUUGCCGGGUUGCUUCAGUUCUGAAAUUUCACUUUCAAUUAUCGGAAAAAAGCUAAAAAGAAGUCCUAGAAAAGCUCGAACAUAGUACAAUUGGCAGGUGGCGUGACAGCUAUAGCUCAGCUCUAUGCUCUAUACUCUCAUAGAGCACGCCCUUUCAACCAAUGACAGCACACAUUAUAUCCUAACUUUAUUAUAAAAACACAUAAGCCAUAAGGAUAAAGUUAAAAACAAAAUGGUAAUUUGCAGGAAAUUUGUGAUCAAGAAAGCCUUGUGUUAGAGAGGUUUUGAUUUCUGUGAAUGUUUCAAGUUUUUGCCCAUUUUGCAUUAGAUUUGUCUUUUCUUAGGUUUUACCUUGAAAUUUUUCAAAGGAAAUUGGUGUGCAUCUAGCCAAAAUUGGUCAUGAUACCUGACAACUGACUGCUGUGCUGGGGAUGAGAAUCUGUGGUUUCUAAUUACCUGCCUAUCCUACUUUUUCCAUCUUUAAGCUCUAUCUCCCACCUUUUACUUUGAAACAGGGCAAAUUGGUCUGUGAUUAUAUCUCUUGUAACCCUCUUGGCUUUGUAUUCUUGUGUGGGUUUCUACAAUUAAUUUUAAUUAUCAAUUCUACAAUUAGUUUAAUUAUCAUAAUCACUUUUUGCUGCAGGGUAAUUUUAAGGAGCUGUAACAUUAAAUUCUCAACCAAUUACAGUGCACAAGUUUCUAUCAUCACCCGAGCAACUCUAUACAGUUCUAUCUUCAUCAGUGACUAUAAUCUUAUACAACUUGACUGCCAAUCUAAAAAAAAAACAUUGCCAAAUUUUAUAGAAAUUCCACACAGCCUUGGGAAUGAAGGCCUGUUUUAUUAUAACCAGACAUCAAGUUGGCAAGCUUCUGACUGGGUAGCUGUGGAGAAUUUUAGACUCUACAUGUUCAUGAAGAUCACUUUGACUUCUGGUACUGAUUUGGUAACUUUUGACCAGCCAGGAGACAUAUACCCAAACUAUCCUGUACGUGUUGGAGCUCUACAGAUUAAUGAUACUGUCUUAGCUCCAUUCUCAUCUGAUUAUUCCUUGGGAAAGGUUACAGCUGUAAAGGAUUGGCUUACCGGGAGAUAUGAAAUACAGCCAGGUAAGUUUUCUUUUAAAAUGAUCAGCUUGGGCUAGAUUUUUUCAGAGUUGCCAUCUGGCAAAAGUAACUUUUUAAAAUGGUGGCUAGACCUAGAUGCUUGGAGGUUACAUGUUUGCAUUUGAUAAUUCUCCAUUUUAUUUAUAGAUUCUGGUGGUGCAGCAAUGAGUUUUAGUCAUGCUGUUCUUCGUCACCGAGGUGAAUUAUUCUCUCUUUAACCCUUCAACUCCCAAAUCUGAUAUUUUAAUUCUCCCUCUCUAGCUACUACAUGUUUCCUUGUAAAUUAGUUACAAAAACUUGCUGCUAGAUCAAGUUAGCAUCUUGAUCUACCGGAUGAGUUUGAAUAUUCUUACCUGUUUGCUGAAUAAUGUAUAGAUGUUAUAGGGAGAAGUUUCAUGUUAAUCACUUUAAGGAGUGAAAGGGUUAAUACACAGUUGCAAGAUGAUUGCAGCACCAGAACUUAAAGUAUUGAUAAUUUAAUGCAAAUUGAUUAAAGUAUAAAAUUAAUGCACUGUCAAGCAACGAAUGACAAAAUGCUCUAAAAAUCUUGUUUUACUCCUAGAGCCCCACUAACAGUGUAUAUGGCUUGAACUUCUUAGUGAUGGCUAGGCAUAGUCUGAAACAAACUCUUGUUUUGUACAGUUGCUUACAAAAAACAUCCUCCGAUGCUGCUAGAUGUCUGCACAGUUAAAUUUUUGCUCAGCUCUUUCUCAACAUUUUUUGAUAUUACUAACGCUAAGUCUUUCCCAGACGUAAGUGCAUAAGCCAUCCUUUAUCUUCAGGUUAUCUACCCUCCUCUUUCCUUUUUACAUAUGGGGCCCUAUCUUUUCCCACAGAUUCCUUCUUCUUCUUCUCUAAAUACACAGCACAAAAUUGAACAUUUUCCUUAGAGCUUAAAUAUGGAACGAUUAAUAUUGCUGUUUCAUGGAAUAGCACAUCUACUUUUUAUUCAACUAAUAUACUCUUGUUUUCUUGACACCAUAUUCCUACCAAUAGUGGAACUCCAUUUUCUGCAUAUAAACCCACACAAAACUCACAAUUUCUCCAAUUACCUUACUUUUUUUAAGCUCCUAUAUUUGCCCCCCUCAUCCCCAAUAUACCUGUAAGAUCUACUCUCACCCCACAUGGAAGGUUCAAUAUCCUUUAUAUGUGAAGAGCAUGAUAGGAACAGAUUUUAAAGUUUUGAUAUCAUAAUUCAGAUAGACUUACAUUAAGUUAAGACUUCCCAUCUAAAACAUUUUGCACAAUGUGAAGUCUUAAUUUAGUAGAUUGGUUUGUUUUCCUCAAUUGUUUGUCUGUUUGCCAGUCAAACCAUUGAUACAGGUUGUCACACCUAAAUGUUGAGUGGUCUAUUAUUUGUUUAAUUAUUUUUGCUAUUUUAUCUUUCCAAUUUUCUGUUUUGAUUUCUUUUAUGUUUUUCAGAUGCAUGCAAACUGAAGCUGCAGACUGUCUGUCCUCCAAAUUCAGAAUGCACAAGAGAAUAUAUGAAUGACAAGUUUCCUACAUUUUACUAUAUUUGCAAAUGCAGAAAAGGCUUUUUAUCUUCUAGAGGGACUUUCAUGGCAGUCUUAAAUGAUGACAUUUUAGAUGUUUGCAAGGGUUAGCCAGCUGUCUUUAAAUUUUCAAAUUGAUAACCUUUGUGCUUCUGCAGUGUUACUGAGGCAGUGUAAUGAGGCAGUUGUUAUGUAAUUUCUUCUGAUACCAUUAUUGUGAAAAUUUGCUGCAGGUGGCAUCAAUUUAUCUGAGGGUAAGCCAACUAAUCAGUCUAGCACAUCAGGUGAUGCAGUCUCAUCAAGAGCAGUGGAUGGUAACCUUAACCCACUGUUUUCAAGUGGCCAAAGCUGCAGUUCUACCACCAGCCAAGCUAAUGCUUGGUGGCGACUAGACUUGGAGGAGGUAGUUUAUGUUGCUCAUAUCUUCAUCCAGUUUAGGAGUCGUUGCUGUGAUUCACAGGCUACUCAUUUUCUGAUCUAUGCUGGUGAGUUUUGUUGGAUGAAUUGUUUGUUCACACUUUCACUUUGUUCUUUCCACUUUUUUCUUUGAAAAAUAACAGCAGAACGUUUUUAUUUAUUCAAGGUCCUCACCUGGAAGAUAACUUUCCUGUGCCUGGUCAGGAUUUCCUUAAUUACCUUUGUAGCAAUUUCACUGUGGCAAACAUUUCUGAUCACAAAGGCUGGCAUGUACACUGUGGUAGAACUAUCACUGCCAGAUAUCUCUACAUCAGACUGUGGGAAACAAAUAAUUUAACACUUUGUGAAGUUUAUGUAUAUGAUGAUUCUAAUGGUAUGUACUGUAAAAAUCCAUGGUGAUUUGCCUCUUAUGUUAUGUAAGUGACUGGGAUUCAGUGGGACAGGGGAUCAAGUGACGUUUAGUGUUGUAAUGCUCAAUAAACCUCUUCUAUGGGCCAAAAGCAGAGAGCUUUAUAAAUCUUGUUAUUUAUGUAAUCUAAUUUUUUUGUGUGAGAACAAAGUUAGAAGCAAUUGAGUUUCUUUUCUUCAAAAUAAAACCAUCUUUCUUUACACUGUAAGUAGCAUUUUAUGCUGAAGUCUUAAAGAGGGUUUCUUUUCAAGAUUUUAUGAAGGCAAUACAAAUGUGGGUGAAUAAAUAGAAAAUAUGUUUUCUGACCAUCUACUUUCUUGGGAAUUUAUAUCUUUGGUAGCAAGUUGUCUUGGCUUAUGCGAAAGAUUCAUUUUUCUUUACUUUAGAGGUGUUUUGAUUUUCUUUGGUUUCUAUGUACAUUUGGCUGCUUACUUUAUAGUUAUGCAAAAAAAAAACAGCUUGAACAUUACCUAAUACCAACAACUUAAUUUUGCAGAUAAUAUUGCUUUAGGCCUGCCAGAAUACACAGUGGCUGUGGAUGGUGAUUUACAAACCUGCCUUGAUACUCCCCUUACUCUGGACACAUUUUUGAGGAUAGACCUAGUGUUUGUUAGACCUAUUGCUCUUGUUCAUUUAGUUAGUAGGUUAGACAUGACAGAUGUAGCAGUUAUUGUAGGUGAGCAAUGUACCAUACCAUAGAAGUAGUUAUUUUGAUUAUAACUAUACUAUCUAAAGGAAUAUCUCCAUUGCAUGUCAAUCAUCUGUUUACUUGAUGGGAUAUGUACUUUGUAAGGAUAAGUUGAACUGAGUGACAUGUUUAGGGAAGUUUGUAAAAAAAAAAGAAAACGUAAUUUAGUGAUUAGUGAGUAAACAUUAUUGAUGGCCCUUUGCCCAAGACAUAAGUGACAAAGUCUGAAACUCUUGUUGUGAUGGAAUUACAAUGGUUAUCUCUUCCCAGUUCACCGCCUCUCUAUUUGGGAUCAAGCCCCUCCCUAUUUUUGUGGGUUGCAGCCUCUCUCUCUGCCCAGUUAUGUACAUACCACCUCCUUUCUUCCCCUGGAUGUCUUUCCCUGCCAAUCACUGUUUUCAAAUCUCGUCCAUAUGAAUAGAUGUUGAACGCCUAAACUUCAAUGGGCUCCUUUUACAAAUUUUAACCAACACUUAAGAUCUUUUGUUUUAUUCUCUGCCAGGAGAGACUCUGUCAGGGGACACAUGCAAUUCUUCAGAUGGCAAUGUAAUAGCAAACGUGAUCAAGGAAUAUGUGUGUAACUCUCUACACAGAAUAAGUGGUAGAUAUGUUUUCAUCACUAUUCCAAGCAAAACAGCAUCGUUAAAUUUGUGUGAAGUGCAAAUUUAUGCUGUAUACGAAUGUAAGUGUAAUGUUUUAUACUACAACGUGUAAUAAGGGCGAUGGGCUUGCUUAUUUUGUUGACAAUGACAACAGCAAUGAUGAUGGCGCCUUUUAUGAUGAAGAUAAGUCUUCCAUAGUUUGAAAUAUUGGUCAAGCCAGCUUGAUAAACAUGGUACAUUCAUAUGGAGCAAUGAUUUCACCACGGAAAUUUGCUUUUGUGGGUAAACAGAAGCAUGCAAUCCUAAUAUAUGUAGCCCUAUCUGACUUAGUUGGGUCAGCCAACCAGAUUACGGGAUGCAAUUCAUUUAACCCUCUUUCGGAGCCAGCCAUGUAAUAACUCCUCGUAUCAUAUAGCUGGCAGCGCCUGUAGGCAAUAUGAAGCGAAUCCUGUGUUGUGAUUGGCAUCUCGAGCGGGCAAGCUAAGAUGGAAGCCGCUUGGUCUCAAGGAAAACGAUACCAGAAGUCAGUGAAUUUCCUUUGUGCAAAUUUUUUUUAAAAAGUUAAUGAAAACCUAUUAAAUCACGUUAUUUUUCAAUUUAUCAAAUGAAAAAUGAACACAGACCAUCUUAGUUGGCAUAUUUUCCUAUUGCUUAGAUAUAAACAAGCCAUCCUUGAUUCUUAUUAAUGCAAUAUCUUUUUGCUAUAAAAUUAAUGCUCUGACCAAGCUUGUUCGGUCAAAGUGGCUGAAUAUUAGUGCCGUUUUGAUUUAAACUUUGUCUCGGUCCAUAUAAAUGCCAAAAGAAACCUCGGUGAUUAUUAUACUCAUAUUUUAGUUGAUUUGACAAAGACGGGGUCUGCUACACAAUCCAGUACUGCCGUAAUAGAAAUGACUGCUGAUCAGGGUGUUGACAAUGACAGACUAACAUGUAUAGUAACAAAGGAGCAGACAGAUCCAUGGUGGAAAAUCGACCUGGGGAGUAACUAUGACGUUGAAGAAGUUGUCAUCUACCCACCCAGUGAAAGCUUCAUUCCUUAUUCUUCUCAACUCUAUCAUGUUCAUGUUGGUAUGUGUUUUUUUUAAUAGAAAAUGAAAAAUACUUACAUAGUAAUAGACGAAUUUGUCAUUUAAUUUUGAAGCUUUAAACGUAAAUGCCGCAUGAAGCACCAGUCCAUUUUCGUUGUUCUGACUGUAUUUUAUCAUGAUCGUUGUUUCUAGUUUCGUUCUUAAGGAAAGUCUUUAUUAAGUCACCAGAGUGAAAAUUACAUCUAAUAAAAGAAGAUAGGAAAAAGUAAGAGAAAUGAAAGGCAAGGCGUCGUUUAGAAAACCAAUAGGAAUAGAAGGCUGUUAAGCCUUAGCUGACUCUCUAUAUUAUAUGUAAUUCUUUAAACUGUUAGAGGUAAGUUAGGUUUGAUGAACCGCUGGCAUUUACAACAUGUGUACUUGAAUCACUAAACUGUCAUGUUUCAUUACACUACAGUGUUUUCACCUAGAUGUGAUUCCGUCGAAAAUAGAAACACAUACGUCCCAUUGUCGUAGUUUUGCACUGAUAGUAAUUUUGUCUCGUUCAAGUUCUGCAGGGCUCGUAUCAGGGCUCACAUCAUUCAGUCAAGGGGCCUUGUGAGUCCUCAGCGGGAAAUCCUGGUGAAAACACAGAUUUGUAAUUAUUUCUCUCACCUUCUUAAAUAAGCAGGAGCCCCUGCUAAUUUAAGAAGGUGAUAGAAACAGUUACAUAUCGGGGAAAGUGUUGGGAAAGUCAUGCAUUUGACCUGUAAGUUCAACGCAAUUAUUCACCUAGCAAAUCUCAUUUUUGAACUUGUUUAAAACGUUAUCCCUACUGGUUUUUGGAUAAGUAGGAAAGACUUGAUAUUGACUUCUGUACUAGAUCAACAGCUGUGUGGAAGCGCCAGUGCAGCCAACAAAAAGUUUGUAUCAGUUAUCUGUUCUCCAAAAUUACAAGGGAAUGUCAUUGUUAUCAAGAAUGUGGGAGCAAACAAAAGAGUUGCCCUUUGUGAAGUGGAAGUGUAUUCUGAAGUGCGCGUUGCAUGUAAGUUCUACAUGGUAAAUAAGGGGGAAUAACGGACACAGGAAAUUUGCAACUGAGUUUACUUUAUUUUAGGAAAGGUCUCCAUUAUUUGAACGGAAAUACCUUUUUCUUACAAAUUUUAUGGGUAUUCUGUGGUACGAAACUGACUGCAUACGUCAAGGUUUAUUCCCAACAGUCUUAGCGGUCUCUAAAAUGUCCAGCCAAUGGCCAAACACACGGAGUUGAAAAAAUUAUGUCAUGGGUAAAAUUUUGCUGUGAGGGAGAUUAAAUAUGAAAGAAAACUGAAUUUCAAUCGGCGUAUUUAUGAAUUUAUAAGAAAAACUUCUCAAAAAAAUUUCGAGGGGUUCAUCUCCAACCACAUUUUGUCUUAAAUUAAGUACUUUUGGCUUGGACUCUAAAAACCCUUCGAAAAAGGAUAUUUUUUAACCACUCUCAACCGUCAAUAGUUGUAAACACUCGGCCUUGUUUAACCCUUUAAAUCCCAUGAGUGACCACGACAGAAUUCCUCCUUACAGUAAUAACUAGCAGAAAAGUGACGAGAAUAAAGCAAGGGGAUCAUAAGUUGAAACAAUACCAAAUUCUCCAAACUAACAUCGCAAGAACUGUAAGGGAGACAGUAAGGAAAAUUACUAAUAAUAUCUUGGGAGUUGCACGCGCAGUGCAGCUGAUCGCGCUUUCUGAAUAUAGCAUCUCGUGAAGGCGGACGUUUCGUGAUGUUGCGAUCGAGUGCUUCAGGCUUGAUUGGUCACCGAAUUUUCCAAGGCUUAAGGCUACGCUGCACGCACGGUUCGAGGUUUGCUAGCUUUGCUGGAGAUUGAAAAUCAAAUUAGUUUGAAAAACGAUUAAGCUGAAAAAAAAUAAAUGACACACAUCAAGCAUACCAAGCCCAACACCAUUUUGUUUUCUAUCUUUGAAUUGUAUCUUAAUAGAUGAACACUUGUGCCGUUCCCCAUACCUUUGCAACUCAGAUUAUCGAUGUGGUUCUGUUAAUGGCUUUACAACAUGUGAAUGCAAAGAGGAAGGCACCUUUGUUCAAGUGUGCGUUACUGGUGAGCAAGCUAUUGUCAUAAACUCAGUGGUAGAAAUUAGCUCCUUUAAUAACUGUUGUUUUUAGAGGGAUGAUUGAGAUGGGUCUCGCCUCAUCUCAGCAAAUGGAUUGGUCAAAACUCAUCGUUAUACACCUAGACUUUCACUCAACAAAACGAGCACUGUGAUUGGUUGAUUCUUGAUCACGUGCCCUUGAUCAAAUUCAAAUGUAUCCAGACCGGGAUACAAUUGCGCAGUCGUUGGAACGAGCCGAAUAUAAUAGCAUGUUUUUUCUAUAUGACUAUUUACGGGAAAGUCUAAAUAUCAGACAUGGUUUGAUGCUGCUCUGGUUUACAGAUUUAAUGAAUGUAACCGAAGAAGUUACAAUUCAUGGACCCAACGUUUCGACACUCCUGUGUGAUCUAAACGCUGCAAAAAGAGGUCCUUUUUAUAUGAUCAAAGCACUUAAUGUAUGGUCCCUCGGGAAACUAGUUUUGUUUUCUCUCGAGUCUUUAUGUUUCCCUCGACCUCGUCUCGAGAAACAUCAGGACUCUCGGGAAAACAAAACUAACUGUUUCCCUCGGGACCAUACAUUAAGUGUUAAAUGUUCAGAGAUACUGGAUCCCGGUUUCUGUGACAUUAACCUUAAUCCAGCAAAUCUCUAUCCGUAAUUGCCGUUAACUAAACCCAUGACAAAUUUUUGUUUUCACUAAGUAAAAGAAUCACCUAAAAAUGGAGGAGAGUUAGUGUUCGGACGUUUUGUAGUUACCCAUGCUAGUUGUUAAUCAUUUUUUUUUCUUCUAUUUUUAUAAUUUGUGAAUAUUGGUGAGUACUGUUGUUAGAUAAGCUGGAGUUUUUAAGCACACUACCACUUCUGCUGUAAGCUUGUUUAUUAAAUUGAUUUUACUUUAUCAACUGGUGCAGCAACACUCGAGGUGUGGUUGGACGUGAGAAAAUCAUUAGUUUUUAACUCGUGAAUUGCGCGCAUGCGCAAGAGCGAGUUGUAGAUAUAAUGUGGGGAAUGGUAUUCGCUCGCUCGCUCGAUUGGUCGACUCCUGUAAACCUUUUUUCGAUUUUAGGCUUUUGUGUGCAUUUGAUAGUUUUUGGCGAGAAAUAAACAAACGAAAUGGCGACCUUUGUUGCUUAGAAUAGUGGUGGGGUGACAAAGAAGCCAAUGAUAAUCUUAAAAGAGUUUUUUUUUCGUUUUAGUUUCAAAGGCAGGCAUGCAAGGAUUCACACUGAAAUAACAGAACAACCUUCGUUUUUCAUAAAAUUGUAAUUUGCAAUCCUUGAACUUGAAAACAAUCCGAAGAUUCAUUGAAAAUAUCACUUACUGCGAAGCGCUCGGAGUUUACAGAUGUUCAAAAGCUUUUUCUGUUACGGCGUGAGAUUAAGUACAAAAUCGAUCAUUACGUUUCGUAUCGUGUGUUUUUCCUGAAGCAACAGAAGAUGCCGGCGACUAACGAAAUUACAAGUUAACACGAAAAUCAAAUAACACCUAAACAAACAAUUUUAGCUACCGAUUUUCAGUGAAUUUUUAAAGAAUAAUUUUAUUUUAAGUUUCAAGACAAUCUGAAGAUUCAAAAUACAUAUUACGUACUAAAAUGCGAAAGUUAUACACCACAAAAUUGAUAAAUAGGCCUGAAAUGAAAUUCUAUCUUGUUAUUGAUUAUACGUUGCCUAGCACGUGACUAAAAUCUACCCAGGCGGAGAUCCAAAAUGACGGUGGCAGUCUUAGCCUAGCUAUAUCACUCAAGACUCGUUCCCGUUUGUCUCAUUUGAUAAAGAGGGAAUCGUGAAUGUUUUCAUUAAGACAGUAUUGCCUUGAUUUUCUAAUAUUUACAAUGAUAGACGGUAAAUUUCACUUUUCACCCACAUUUACUUCCAACCUUUUCUUUUGAACCAGAAACAGAAAUGAUAUACGUUUAAAACACACGACAUCAUCCACCCUUGUCAAAUGCAAUAGCAUGAUCAUUUCAAUUGUAAUGCCUUCUUAUCCCAACAUUACUUUGUUUCUUUGCUACAUUAGCGAACACUGAACUACUGCUCGUACUCUAGAUAUGACAAUCAACCACAAAAUUCCCUAAACCAGAUAACAUUAAACAUAAUCCAAAAAAUCAUGCGUCAAUUCACGAGUUUGCUCACAGAGCACUUUGAUUCCUCGCCUUAUUGGGAGAUGUGAGUUGUUUUCAAAGAAGAGGGAACAUAUGGCUUGAAAAAACUCACGGAUUGAGAGUCUAGUUCGAAGAAGAUUCCUUGUUAAAUAGAUUUUUUAUUGAUAAUUUCUUUGUCCUUUUUAGAUUUUGAUGAGUGCAAAACUGCACCUUGUCCUUCGGAUCACAUUUGUAACAACACUGUUGGAUCAUACAGAUGCGAAUGCCCACUGGGUUUUGUGGAAGAUCCCAGUUCUCAGAAUCCAGUGAAUAUAAUAUGUAAUGGUAAGAAAGUUAAGCGUUUAUCUAGAGGAAGGUGAAGGAAAUCUGGCAAGAAAUUUUGUAUGGAGCUCCGUUGGUAUUCUGUGUGGUUCUUCUACUUCUAUAAGUAUCUUUCUGAUAACUGCUACCGAAGACAGUUUUGAGUGCUUUUCAGCGUCGGCCCUCCAAAGAACACCAUGGAAACCUAAAGGCAAAACAAAAUCGCUGUUUCAUUAUAAGAUUUUUUUUCCUACCAGACGGUUAGGUUUCGUUAUCUUCUGGUUAGUUGGCCUAAAUGCCAUCAAGGAUUAGUGUAUUGUAGCGGUUAGAGUUUGAGCGACGUUUGCGUUUUUGAAAAAUAGUCAAUUUAUUCUGCUCAACAUCGACGAAUUAUUACCAGAGAGACUGGGAACAGAUCCAGGGUGCAAUAGACGGAAAUUAAUCUAUUGUCUUUUUCAGAUGUCGACGAAUGUCAGUUUCCAAGCACUUGCCGUUCAGAUCUCGUCUGUAACAACACUGUUGGCUCAUACAGAUGUGAAUGUUCGUUGGGAUAUGUCGAAGAUCCAAGUUCUCAGAAUCCAGUGAAUGUAACAUGCGUUGGUGAGGAACCAUAAAUUAUUCAAUGAAAGAUUUCAUUAGGAUCUAGGGUGCAUUCAAAGCAAAGGAGUCUUUUGUCCCUUUUAGAUUUUGACGAGUGCCAGUCUGGAAGUGCUUGCCGUUCAGAUCUUGUUUGCAACAACACUUUUGGAUCAUACAGAUGUGAAUGUGCUUUGGGUUUUGUUGAAGAUCCCAGUUCUCAGAACCCCGUGAAUACAGUAUGUAAUGGUAAGCAAGUCAAGAGUUUUCUCGAGGAAGGUCAAGGGGAUCAGGGGAGGAAUGUUACAUGGAAUUUCGUUACAGUUUACUUAGUGGUUCUUCUAUCGCUAUAAUUAUUUUCCUGAUAAUUGCAGCCGUAGACAAUUUUAGAUUCCCAUCUGCGUUAUGUUUGGUACCCUGUUCUCCGUCCUCUAAGGGCUGACUAGUAAAACCUAAAUAAUAAUUCAUUUGUUACAGUGUAGUUCGUUUUCCAACCAGAAUUUUAGGUUUCGUUAUUUCCCGGCUAGUUAGUUGAAAUGCCAUCAGAAAUUCUUUUAUUGUAGCAAUCAGACUGAGUUUGGCAUUCUGGGCCGGGUUGUUCAAAUGGGGCAAGAUAACCCAGGGUUAUUGUGAAAUCUGAUUUCAGAUUUGAAAGCUUAAAAGAAGAAUCAGUAUGGUUCUUCUUUUCUACAAUUUGAUUAUUGGAUGCUCCACGAAGAAUCGAGAGAAAUAUCCGGCAAAGGCUUUAGAAGAAAGAAAUAAAGAAACCCGGAUUAAAACCUAACCUAGGUUUAAUGCUAAUAGGCCUUUGAUCAACUGGGCCCAGUUCUUGAACAGAACACACCCGUUAUUCAUGCUGAAGAUGCAUGAGAAAAUGACUCUUGUCAUCGUGGAAGAAAAGUAGACGUUAUCUUCGAUAACUACUGUCCAGCCACUGAUUAACACAACCGAAGGCAGGUCAGACUUAAAUAAUCUUUGUUUUACCUUUGUAGGCUUAUCGUAGGCUGGUUUUUUUUUUCAGACGUGGAUGAAUGUGUGAACAGUGUAGAGUCUCUUGGCUGUAGUUCCCUCUCAAACUGUGUAAACUUCGAAGGUUCUUUCUUCUGCACUUGUAAGGAGGGAUACCUAGGAGAUGGAAAGACUUGCCAAGGUCAGUUGAUCUCCAGAUUUCGCUAAGUGCAGGGUUUUAUAGGGAGAUGUUGCUCGUUAAUUACUAAUGUAGAACGAAGAAAAUUUGAAGCACUGCCAUGGAGAACCUUUGAGGUUUUUAGGAUUCUUGUAGGUCUGAUUAAGGGCAACAAAAAAAUUUUUUUAAAAGAUGUUAAAACGUGGGAUAAACAUAAAAAUUGAUUCCUUGGCCAGGAUUCGAACCCAAACCAGACCUUAUUUUACAUGUGAGAUGGCUUGCCGCUCACGCUGCUCUGUCUAAUACGUAAUUGGAUAGACACAGAUGUUUGAGCUCUUGAGCUUGAUUUAGGGAUUGUAAAGUCAUCUCACAUUUCCGCGGUUCUACAUCAGCCUUCGGUUGAUUACUAUAUCAAUAGUUGUGUGCAGUUAUAGCUGAUCUCUCCAAUCAGAGGAUGGUUAGAUUGAUGGAUGGAUCCAAGCUGAUGAUGAAUUUAUUCAUAAAUUGAUUUUCCAUGGAAGAAAGAGAAACGUUUUAAUUUUUCACGGGCAUGGGAGCGACUACUGUUCUGUACUUUUAGGCUGUACUUGUGGCAGUACUUGAUCUGUUCCAGAUUGCUCCAGUGAUCAUCUUUUGCAACUUUUUUCUAUCCACAGGAAGGAGAGAGGUGUUUGAAAUGGUAUGCCGCAAUCGCGGCGGACUGGAGUCAAUGUGCGAUAAAAGUGGUGAUUACAAGUGUAAAUGUGACAAUGGGUAUGUUUACGACAGCCAAACACAAACCUGUCGACAAAUAGUUUAA